AGACCAACACUGGACUCUAUAUGUCUGUCAUCCAAGGACCAGCCUUGCUAAGGCCCAGAGAUAUUCAGUAACAGAAGGCUGCUGAUCAGAAUUCCCAAAGUUAAUGCACACUUGAAGUUUGAUGCUUGUGGCAGAGAGGAGAUUGAUACAUACACCUGGUGUGUGUCGUCAGACAUUCUGUUGCUUGGUGGCAGGUGAGUUGGCGUUUUUCAGAUUCAUCUCGGGAUGCCAUUAGUGAAGAGAAAUAUUGACCCCAGGCACCUGUGCCAUACAGCACUGCCCAGAGGCAUUAAGAAUGAACUGGAAUGCGUAACCAAUAUAUCCUUGGCAAAUAUAAUUAGACAACUAAGUAGUCUGAGUAAGUAUGCUGAAGAUAUAUUUGGAGAACUAUUUAACGAAGCACACAGUUUUUCCUUCAGAGUCAAUUCUUUACAAGAGCGGGUAGACCGUUUGUCUGUCAGUGUUACCCAACUUGAUCCCAAGGAAGAAGAAUUGUCAUUACAAGAUAUCACAAUGAGAAAAGCUUUCCGAAGUUCCACAACUCAAGAUCAGCAGCUGUUUGACCGAAAGACCUUGCCAAUUCCAUUACAAGAAACUUACAAUGUUUGUGAGCAGCCUCCACCUCUCAACAUACUCACUCCUUACAGGGAUGAUGGUAAAGAGGGUUUGAAGUUUUAUACCAAUCCUUCAUAUUUCUUUGAUCUAUGGAAAGAAAAAAUGUUACAGGACACCGAAGACAAGAGAAAGGAAAAAAGAAAGCAGAAGCAGAAAAAUCUAGAUCGGCCCCUUGAACCAGAAAAAGUGCCAAGGGCACCUCAUGACCGGAGGAGAGAAUGGCAGAAAUUGGCGCAAGGUCCAGAGCUUGCAGAAGACGAUGUGAAUCCCUUACAUAAGCCAAGUGAAGUUGCUAAUGGCCCAGCCUCUCAAUUUGAACCAAGACCUCAGGCAUAUGUGGAUCAUAUGGAUGCCUCUUACUCACUUUCUGCAUUACCCUUUAGUCAGAUGAGUGAACUUCUAAACAGAGCUGAGGAAAGGGUCUUAGUGAGACCACAUGAGCCACCUCCACCUCCUCCAAUGCAUGCAGCAGGAGAUGGAAAACCUGCACCUACUUGCAUCAGCUCUGCUCCAGGCUUGGUAGAAAGCCGGCCCCAGUCACCAGCCGCAGGCAGAACAGCAGUGUUUGUGAGCCCCACACCCCCACCUCCUCCACCUCCUCUUCCAUCUGCCUUGUCAACCACUUCAUUAAGAGCUUCAAUGACUUCAACCCCUCCCCCUCCAGGACCUCCCCCACCUCCACCUCCAGCUGCUGCUCUUCAAGCUCCAGCAGUGCCGCCCCCGCCAGCUCCUCUACAGAUCGCACCUGGAGUCCUUCACCCAGCUCCUCCUCCGAUAGCGCCGCCUCUAGUGCAGCCCUCCCCUCCAGUCACUAGAGCUGCCCCAGUGUGUGAAACUGUGCCCGUUCAUCCACUCCCACCAGGGGAAGCGCAAGGGCUGCCUCCACCUCCGCCACCACCUCCCCUGCCACCUCCCGGCGGCAUUCGGCCAUCGUCCCCUGUCACUGUGGCAGCUCUUUCUCAUCCUCUUUCUGGAGUGCACCCACCCCCCUCUACUGCCCCUGGGCCUCAUGUUCCAUUAAUGCCUCCAUCUCCUCCAUCACAAGUUAUUCCUGCUCCGGAGCCAAAGCGCCAUCCAUCAACCCUGCCAGUAAUAAGCGAUGCCAGGAGCGUACUUCUGGAAGCAAUACGGAAAGGUAUUCAGCUACGAAAAGUAGAGGAACAGCGCGAACAAGAGGCUAAACACGAACGCAUUGAAAACGAUGUGGCCACCAUCUUGUCCCGCCGGAUUGCUGUGGAAUAUAGCGAUUCUGAAGAUGAUUCAGAGUUUGAUGAAGUGGAUUGGCUGGAGUAAAGAAACAUCCAUUGAUACACAACCAAACUGAAUGCAAAUGUCCAUUGUGGUGCUUGUUCUUUGAAAAUGAUUGGUCAUUACUAGUGUUUAUAUUUUUUUUCCCCCUUCAUCCUUUUUUUUUUUUUUUGGUCCUAUUUUUCAGUUUACAAGAAAACUAGCACAUCUUUCAAGUUAAGUGUUUUAUGGUGGCUUUCCUUACUUGCUUUUUUUUUUCCCCUGGAAAGAACAUUACUUUGUUCAUAUAGACCACUAAGUAUUAAGCAUGGGCAGCUGUUACUAGAGUAGCAAAUUCAGUUUGUUUUUGUUUUGUUUUUUUACAUUUCUUAAUUGUGCACUUUGUGAAUUUUAAGUUAAUGAAGGUAACUGAGAUUGAAAUUCCAAGGGCAGCUGUAUGUAUUAAUGAGCCUUAUUCCAUUUUAAAUAAUGUCAAGAAAUGCAUUAAACCUGGUAAGAGAUCACUACCUUGAUUAUGUGAGUACACUAAAAGGACAAUAGUAUGUAGUACUGAAUACAAUUCAAGAAAAAAAAAAAGAAUGCUUGAGCUUUUUUAUCUUUUUUUUAAUUUUUAAAUAAUUAUGGCCUUAUAUUUGAGUGUUUAGCAGUUUCCCUUCCCCUGGCACUCCAUCCCUUAAAAUACAUAUUGUGUGUGGUACUAUUUGCCUGCCUACAAGAGUUGGAUUUUUCCCUGUGAAAUAUUCUGACUGAAACAUAAUUGUGUAACUUAUGUAACUGUUAAGAAUAAUAGUCCGAUUUAAUAAAUGGUUCAUUUUAAAUGUU